UAUAUUUUUGUUUUUUUAAAACAGGAACUACCUGGACUCAGGAGAUUGUGGAUCUGCUGCUGCAUGAUGGAUAUGCCGAGGUUUGUAAGCGAGCACCUACUGCUGUACGCAUCCCGUGCCUGGAGAUCCAAUUUCCUCCCCCAGUUCCUUCAGGUCUGGACGUACUCAAAACAAUGAAACCUCCAAGAGUCAUCAAAACACACCUGCCCAUACAGCUAGUGCCUAAAGGAUUCUGGGAAAAUAAAUGCAAGGUGAUUUAUGUGGCUCGGAACGCGAAGGACAACCUGGUCAGCUAUUACUACUUUGAUCGAAUGAAUCAGAUUCACCCUGAACCAGGUCCCUGGGACCAAUACAUCCACAAGUUCAUGAGGGGAAAAUUGCCAUGGGGCUCCUGGUACGACCAUGUGAAAGGAUACUGGAGGGAAAAAGAAAACAGGAACAUCCUCUACCUGUUCUUUGAGGACAUAAAAGAGAACCCUCGUCGAGAGAUAUUAUGGAUCAUGCGCUACCUGGACUUGUCACUACCUGAUAACACAAUUGACAAGAUUGUGCAGCUGACAUCUUUUGAAGUGAUGAAGGACAAUCCGAUGACCAACUACACCUUCAUUCCAAAGACAAUGUUUGACAGUUCCAUCUCUCCCUUCAUGAGAAAAGGUGAGGUUGGAGACUGGAUUAAUCAUUUCACCCCGGCUCAAUCCGAAAUGUUCGAUGAGAACUACACAAGACAAAUGGCGGAUGUGGACAUUCCCUUCCGUACCAGCAUAUAAAUCAGCUACAGAUGAUGAGCGGGAGCGUGUUAGCACCAGUAACAUCUACACUGCAGCAUAUACAAAGUUGAUUUGCUGUUUAACAAAACAACAUAAACAAAUAUGGAUGGGCAGUUUAAUUUUUCCUUCCUCUCUCUAAUUACCUAAUUAAUAUAAUCGUCAAAUAAUUACAGUCUUAAGGUUUUAAAUAAUAUGUUUAGCCUAAAAUAAAUAAGAAAGUGCAGUACAUCUUAAACAGAACGUUUUAGAAAUAUGAAAUCCUGUUCUUGAUUAUUUUGAUGAUAUAAAAUCUGGACACCCCUGUUUGAUGGCUUUGUGUGAUUUCACCGCCAGGUGGCGCUAAUGGAGUUCUAUAAUGAUGGGUUUAAGCAACAAUACACAGUUUGUGUUCCUGUUUUACACUUAAUAAUUACCAUAUACUAACAUAAUAUUUACAAUAUGUCUAUAAAUAUGCAAAUAAAUACAGCAAAAUCAGACAAUCAUGUCACUGUAAGCACUUCCACAUGUUCUCUCAUGUUUACCUCAGUUCAAACCUGGGAAACAGUUCUGAAAUCAGAUCUAAUAUAUAAUUUUCUCUAAAUAUAUGCUUAAGACAUGUUUGUUUAAAUCACAAUUGAGAUUCCUUCAACUGUUUCGAAGCGAGGGCUGCUGCCCAAUCUGAAGGUAUCAUCCCUACUGAGGGCAUUUGGAAGCUUCCACAGAAGACACCUUGUAGGAUUGUU